AAACCAUUGAUGUCUCUCUGCAUCUCAAUGACAGAAACAUGGCAGCUUCCUUGUCUCGGUUGCAUCACAUCGCUCUCCAUGUCUCCAACGCGGAGAAGAUCUCCAUAGACCUCGUGUCUAAAUUCAAGUUUAGCCUGUUCGCCACCAGACUGACCGACAGCUCCAGACAGCUGGCUUUCAGGAAAGGAGCGUCUGUUUUCAUCGUGAACGAGAGACCAAACCUCAGCAGUGUGAGACCCAAUGGAGAGCUGCUCAUCACGGAUACACGUGUUCCACAUGUGGGGAAAUACAACCGGUACAAUCCUACUGAAUGUCUGUACGAUGUCAGCGCAAACUAUCCGGUGGAUACUGUGAGCAACGUGUGUUUUGAGGUGGAGGAUGUGCAAAGGUCAUUCAGAGCUCUUCGAGAUCUGGGCUGCAAUUUCCUGGUGCCUCCCACCACAGUGCAGGACGAGAGUGGAGCAGUCACCUACUCUGUGCUUAAAUCUGUAGUGGGCAAUGUGUGCCACACUCUAAUAGACAGGACAAAAUACAAGGGGAUUUUCUUGCCUGGGUUUGAUGUCAUUGAAAAGGACUUGCCAGAAGAGGACAUGUCUUCAUGUCCCAUCACACAUUUCGAUCACAUAACUUAUGUCUGUCACAGGAAAACAACCCACCAGGUCAUGAGGUGGUAUGAGGAGCUCUUUGGGUUUCACAGGUUUUUCAUUGAAAGCAAUGAAGAUGUGGACGAAGGUUUCGUCGUGAACCAGGAGGGCGUUGGGCUGCGUCUCACCGCCAUGGAGUACUGGAAAUGCAGUGAAAAAGGCAUCACUCUCCCCUCUGUGGACAAAAAACAGCCUGACUGCAAGUUUGUCAUCGCAGAAUCCCUGCCUCAGCAAGGCAGGAAUCAGGUCGACACCUUCUUGAAGGAGCACGGGGUCCCGGGGAUCCAGCACAUUGGGCUGUACACGAAAAACAUCGUUUCUACGGCACAGGCGAUGGCUGACGCUGGGGUCCAGUUUUUCUCACCUCCUCAAGCCUACUACACCGGGGUGGGAAAACAGCAGGAGAUAGAGGAAGCAGGACACAACCCCCAGAUGCUGGCGCAGCACGGCAUCCUCCUGGACACGGACCUGGACCGGGGUUCCUCGUCACCGACGGCAUCUAAUGAAAACAAAAGACACCUCCUCCAGGUGUUCACCAAGCCCAUCUUCGCAGAGGACACCUUCUUCCUAGAGCUGAUAGAGCGAAGAGGGGCGACGGGUUUCGGCGAGGGGAACAUCAAAGCGCUGUGGAGGUCGGUGCAGGCGCACAUGAAUCAGGCGGGGGCUUCUCAAGUUGAGGGACCCCAAAAAACUGCGCAGACUUCCGUGUAUUAAUCAAUGCAAAUAUUUUUACCUGAGGUUAUUUUAUUUGCUGUUUUCUGUAGUGCACUUAUGAAAUAAAAAUGCAGAAUGUUUAUAUAUUUACGGAAGAGUUUUCCACAAGUGCUCUCCAUUUCAAGUUUGAGAUUUAGUGGUAAAUCUCAAGUUUCACUGCUAACAAGAUCAACUUAUAAACUGUGUUAAUAUUUAUGUUUGAACAUGAUUUGAACAGAUUAAAGAUGUAAAAUACACUAUGUACAAAGUGGUACAAAAACAGCUGCUACAUGUUAUACUUGAAAUGUUGCAACACAAAUCACACUUUCUGUAGCAGUAAAAGGAUGUCUUUGUUUCCACUGUGUCAAAGAAAAGCGUUUUCCUCAAUAAAUCUGUUUCUCCUCAAAAUAA